UAAUUUUUUUUAGGGUUUUUUACUUUAUUCUUUUCUGUUUAAUUUUUUUUUUUAUCUUACCGACGAGGGACCAACCAUGAAGGUAGAUGCAGCACUAUCGGCACCGGCCGGAGUCCUCGUGAAGGAACAGAAGCCAUGGGAACUAUUCGACUGGCCGGUGGAACAGCAAAGGGGCAUCCAUCGCAGUUGGGGUCAGUACUUUUCCAGAGCCCGGAUGAACAAUGCCGCCCAGAAGUACUACGAUUUGUGCAUCGAGAAUCAUUCGCAUAUCGAUCCGAAGGCCUUGCAUAUGCGGAGUCAGUUCCUCAGAUCGGUGGCCAUGCCGGAGAUGGCGCUCAAGGAUAGCCGAAAGGCGUGCAAGUACGCGGAUAGAAUCCCAGCCUUUGCCAUGGAGGAGGGCGAUUGUCUCUACGAUUUGAAUCAGUUUGAGGACAACAAGUCCAUACUCCACGAUAACAUCCGGAAGCAUCUGGGAACUUCAAUGAGACCAUUCGAGAAACGCCUGGCGGUGGUGGAUGAGAACCUGCAGGAUAGCACCGGGGAUAGUUUGGUCAACUUCUUCAUGGAGAAUUCCGCUCAGAUGCCCGGCUUCUAUGAGCACAAGGAGGCAGAGCUCUUGAAGCUCGACACCCGUCCAUUGUGGAAGAUCCUGAAGGAGCGGAAGGAGUGCGAUGUCCAGAGCGUCAUUGACCAGAAGGAGGAGAUGCUGUCGCCCCUGGAGAUAGAGCGAAGACGUCGAAAAACGAAGAUCUUUUACCAGAACUACCUUGGCCGGACGUGGACGGAUUUUAUUUUCAUUAAGACUCUGCGAAGGAAUCCCAAUCUCCUGUUGAAUGGCGCCUUUGGCAGUUCCAAGGAGAGGAGCGAUUACCUCUACAGGUCCUUCCAUAGGAUCAAGACCUUCGCCAGGAUGCUCCACUCCAGGAGUCCCAUGUACAACGAAUACUUCCAGCGCAGUCCCCAGAUGAUGGCCGAGCUGAGGGAGGCCAACCUGUACAGGAUCCAAUACCAGACCAGGCGGAACAUGCUCAGCAUCCUCAACACGAUACGAUUGCUCAGGAAGCGAAACGAUAUCAAGAAACUGCGCAAAUUCGUGGAGGACGUGAUGGGGAACUAUGUGGUGAUCAAGACCAGCCGCGUGAUGCCCUGGAAGACAGAGUUCAUGACCGAGGUGUACAACCAUUUGGGCUUGAGUCUCUGCGAGGAUUAUCGACUGCCGCCGCACCGAGUGACGCCCUACGACAAGAAUGCGAUGUGCCAUCUACUGAACAUUCCAGUGUCCAAGCCAUUGGAGCACUUGGAGUUUGUUUUCGGAGAUAGAUCGACGUAUGCGUAUGCGGGGCCUGAUAAGCAAACAACGGAUAGAAUGGCUGAUCACAGCAAUAGCAUAUUACAACUGGAAAAACGCCUCUUCUUCGCCCGCCUACCCAUGGAAAGGACAUACCUGCUCCACGAACUGGCCGAUCGCCAUAUGCAGGUGAACCACUUCGUCCAGUGCCUGUCCUAUGCCCAGAAAGCCAUCGACGAAGCCAAAGGAUGCAGCAGUCUGGUCUGGCAGUUUCUAGCCACAAUGCUGAUGGCCAAGUCCCAUGCCGUCCUCCACAAGUACGAGCGACAGACGGAGGUCCUGAACUCCGCCUACCAACUGGCCACCGAACUGAAGUCCCCGCAACUGUGUACCUUUAUCGAAUUGUGUCGGAUGCUGAACAAGGAUUAUAUAACACUUAGGAAAAUGUCCCAGCUGGUGACCAGCAAGCGACUGAGGUCGAAAAUCUCAAAUAGAUCCAGUUUUUUCAAUACACCACAAUUUUCGCCGGACCAUCGGCGGGCGGAGGAGGAUAUGCAUGUCUGAUCCAAUGAAUCGGAUAAAGAACUCUUUUUUUUAGAUUUUUAUUCGAUCUAUUGGAUCUAAGACAAACAUAUCAUCCUCUAUAUUUUAUUUAAAAACAAAAAGACUUAAGAUUUUAUAUAAAUUUAAAGAAAAAAAGUUAGAAACAUAUAGAAAGUUCGAAAAAAGUGUAGAAAGUAAAACAAAAUCAUAAAAAGUUUUAGAAAAUGUAAACAAAAUCGAAAGGUACAAAAAAAUAAUCAGAGAACAAUCAGCAGAGAAAUUGUAUGAUAAAAUAAAUUUUUUGAAAUUAAAAUAAGAGUUUUUAUAUUUAAUUUUGAACUCUAAAGGAAGAAACUCUAAUGCAAUUAAUUAAUUAUUUUAUUGUCUCUCUUAAUUUCCACCUCUUUGAAGUCUUAAUAAUAAAUUAAAUAAAUAUGUUUCCUAUUUUUAAUAUUUAUUUAAGUUCACUGAAAAGUAAACGAAUCACUGAAGGGUCAAAAAUUGAAAUGUCAGA